CUUCCCUGUAAAUGGGCUGUAGCACGUUGUUGGACAGGAAAUAAAAUGUUUUCUCUUAUGCAGGUUCUUGAAGCCAGAACAUGUUUCUAUGAGAAACCUAUUGCAACUCUGGAUUUUGAAUCUUUAUAUCCAUCAAUUAUGAUGGCAUAUAACUUGUGCUAUUUUACAGUAGUAAAAGUAUUUUCUUGUUAGUCUUUCAUUUUUUUGUUGUCUUUGGCUAUUCUGCGUGAAAGGUUAUGUUAAAUUUCAAGCAUAAGAAUUAAGGAAAAAUCUAAUUAGCCAUCUCCCUUGAGACGGGUAUUGUUUACUCCAAUGUUAUUUACUAUUUUGUCAUUAUUAUUGCGUAGGUAAAUCCCGAAGAUGCCCGGAAGCUUAAUUUGCCCCCGGAGUGUGUCAACAAAACUCCAACUGGUGAAACUUUUGUCAGAUCAAAUUUAAAAAAGGUUAAAUUUAUAGCAUUCAUGCAGGUUGUUUAUUGUCAUCUUUUUUGGUGUAGAAAAAGAUGGGUCUAGUUAUGCACAAGUUCCAUUUUUGGCCUUCUCUUACUAUUGUUUCACUUCAGGGAAUACUACCAGAAAUUCUCGAAGAACUUUUGGCAGCUCGUAGAAGGGCCAAAGCGGAUUUGAAGGAAGCAAAGGAUCCUCUUGAAAGAGCUGUGUUAGAUGGUAGGCAACUUGCUUUGAAGAUAUCUGCAAAUUCCGUCUAUGGGUUUACUGGAGCUACGGUUGGCCAGUUACCUUGUUUAGAGAUAUCUUCAAGUGUUACCAGCUAUGGUCGACAAAUGAUUGAACACACGAAAAGACUCGUGGAAGAUAAAUUCACAGUGCUCGGAGGUUACGAGCACAAUGCUGAGGUAUACUACCAAUAACUAGUCUCUUGACGAGGCAUUUAAUUGCUUGAUGAAACAUGCUAUAUUGAAACAGGCACAUGCUAUAAUGUUAUACUCUGUGCAUCAAUUUUUUAUUCUUUUAUUAUUUCCCCGCAGUAUGUUUUUUAUUACUUCCUCGUAGCAUGUAUCCUUUAGGUCAUGAUAGUUUUGUAAUUACUUAUAUUUUUAUGUCAGGUCAUAUACAGAGAUACAGAUUCAGUAAUGGUGCAGUUUGGUGUUUCCUCGAUGGAUGCGGCCAAGAAAUUGGGCAGGGAAGCUGCUGAUUAUAUUAGCAGCACCUUCAUCAAUGUAAGUUGUUAUGCUCCCUUUUCCGUAUUCCGUGUCAAUCUUGUUACUUAAUUUUCAUGUAUUUAUACUUCCUCCAUAUUUGUAAAUCCCCCAUCCACCCUUUUGCCCCUCGCCGCAUUCUUCUUCCCUUAAUCUCAUUAUUUCUUGUGCACAUUACCAUAGCCAUCUUCCGUUGGCAGCCCAUAAAACUGGAGUUUGAGAAGGUCUAUUAUCCAUAUCUACUAAUUAGUAAGAAGAGGUAUGCUGGUCUUUACUGGACGAACCCGCAGAAAUUUGAUAAGAUGGAGACCAAAGGGAUUGAAACUGUUCGUAGGGAUAACUGUCUGCUGGUAAAAAACAUGGUGACGGAGUGCCUCGAUUAAAUAUUGAUGGAGAGGGAUAUUCCUGCUGCGGUUCAAUAUGUCAAGAACAUGAUAUCAGAUCUCCUUAGGAAUCGCAUGGAUUUAUCCCUUUUAGUAAUCACCAAGGUAUCAUAAAUACACUCAUGCAAUACUUGGACAUUUUCCUCUGCUUUCCAAGGGCUAAAUGUGCCAUGCACGUUUGGUAGUUCCAAUUGACAUCUUCGCAUCUUGCACUGACAUUCCAUUUCAAUAGGCUUUGACAAAAACACGGGACAGCUAUAAAGUGAAAGCAACACAUGUUGAGCUUGCAGAACGGAUGCGCAAGGUUCGAAAUGUAUCAUUAGUUCGAUUAAUUUUUUCACUACCACGAUGACUAAUAAAAGCAACUUCGUAGUUCAUCGGAGAACACUUCAAAUUCUGUGAAUCUGAAUAGCAACAAUAUUCUUUGAAUUCAAAUUAAAUUAAUGGAUCAAUUCUCUAAUUG